CAUCGGCCCUCGCUCACAGGCCCAUUCCAUCUGUCGUUGUUUAUUCAAGUCGGCAGCAAUUCCAGAUCCUUCGCAAUUCCCUCACUCAUCUCUCAGCUCUCUCUCUCCCCCUCACUCUCAGGUAGCUGCUGUUGUAUUCCGUUUGCUGCUGCCGAUCUGCAGAUCAAACAACAUGAGCACAAUGGCAGCAGUGACGACUUCGCAGCUUUCAUGCUUCUCUGCCAUGAAUCGUCAGCUCCGCCUCUCAAGACGUUCACUCCUUUGCCCAACCACUGCUCGUCCCAGGUCUUUGUCGCUUAUUGUCAUGAGCAUUGAAGGGGGUUCCAAGGCCAAGAAUAGUUUGAGUUCCACAAGCGAUGCACCAAAAGCAAAGUUGGAUCCCAUUUUAGAUGACGAACAUGUCGCUCAACCAAAAAGAGCGGCCAAGAUUCAUGAUUUCUGUUUUGGGAUUCCAUUUGGGGGGAUUGUUCUAGGUGGUGGACUUAUUGGAUUUAUCUUUUCCAGAAAUCCUGCCACGUUGAGCACUGGCGUCCUGUUUGGUGGGGCUUUGCUAGCCCUUAGCACCAUUAGCUUAAAGAUAUGGAGGCAGGGAAAGUCCAGUUUACCGUUCAUUCUAGGACAAGCAGCUUUGGCGGUAGCCCUCCUGUGGAAGAACUUACAGACGUACGCUAUGACGAAGAAAGUAUUUCCAACAGGCUUUUAUGCUGCCAUUAGUACUGCAAUGUUAUGCUUCUAUUCAUAUGUCGUCCUCUCUGGAGGAAACCCACCACCGAAGAAGUUGAAGCCAUCUGCAAGCGCUGCGUCGUGAUAGAAACUACCCGGAAGGCCUAAUUAGGUAUUAAGGUUAUAAACUUUGUAUGACGGACUUUUGUAUUGUCUAUACGAAUUAGAGGUGUUUUCUGAUGAAUAAGAGUGUCAAAUUUCAAAUA